GUUGAAUCAACUAGCCUCUAGUUUAGACGCGCAGGACGAGAGGACCCUCGGCAAACCGCAAGGCGUACCACAAAGCGGCCGCCAUGCCACCGGGUAGGUUGUCAGGAAAGAGCCCGGUGUGGUUAGGCCUUCUGGACGUCAGAGGCCUCGAAUACCAGGCCAGUACUAGGACACGGCUUGGGAAAAGUUAAAUCAGUUAAAACGUUUUAAUGUAACUUGACAUCAAAAUGGGCAUUGCUUUACUGGUUGGAGUCGACUUGCUGCCGUGUGAUGGCAAGCAUUGGCUAAUAAGGGGCGUUAGCAUGGAGCUAGCGGGUUAAUAGCUACGAGUUAAAGCCCGUUGUUUUAGUAUUGUCGUUAACGUAUGUAAAUACGCCAACCAAUGUUAUUGUCAACAUGUUUCUGAAACGUAAAUGCGUCAUGGUGUAAUCCAUUGCCAGUAUCUCACUGGAACCCGUAUUGGAGACAGCCUGCUGAUGUUUGUGGAGUGAAUUGCUUGUUGGAAUCGCCACAUAGGGAGAGGCUAAACACCAAGACAAGCAAAGAUGAGAGGAUGCAUCUGGCCGUGGUGGCCUGCGGCCCCAGGCUAGAGGAGACACUGGUGAUGCUGAAGUCUGCUGUCCUUUUCAGCACAAAGCUGCUCCACUUCCAUAUCUUUGCAGAGGACCAUCUGCACGAGAGCUUUAAAGAGGCUCUGGACUCUUGGCCUGCUGAGAUCCAGCCACGGUUCAACACCACCACCUACCCCAUCACCUUUCCCAGGGACAACGCUGCAGAAUGGAAGAAGCUCUUCAAGCCCUGUGCCUCUCAGAGGCUUUUCCUACCUCUGAUCCUGAAGGAUGUGGACUCAGUGCUCUACGUGGACACGGACAUCCUCUUCCUGAACCCCGUGGACGAGCUGUGGGCACUGCUCUCCCGCUUCGACGCCAGCCAGCUGGCCGCCAUGGCGCCGGAGCACGAGGAGCCGCGGAUUGGCUGGUACAACCGCUUCGCCCGCCACCCUUACUACGGCGCCACAGGGGUCAACUCGGGGGUCAUGCUGAUGAACAUGACGAGAAUCAGGGAGAAACGUUUCAAGAACGACAUGACAUCUGUUCCACUACGGUGGGAUGAGAUGCUCAUGCCCCUCCUCCAGAAGUAUAAACUCAACAUCACCUGGGGUGACCAGGAUCUGCUUAAUAUCAUAUUCCACCAUAACCCAGAGAGCCUAUAUGUGUUUCCAUGCCUCUGGAACUACCGUCCAGAUCAUUGUAUCUAUGGCAGCAACUGUCAGCCGGCUGAGCAGGAAGGCGUGUUCAUUCUCCAUGGCAACAGGGGUGUUUACCAUGACGACAAGCAGCCGGCGUUCCGAGCUGUCUACGAAGCCAUCCAAAAGUAUCCGUUCGGGGAGAGCAUGGCGCGCGCGCUGCUGCUGCCUCUCGAAGCAGCGCUGCAGACCACCAAGCACACCUACUGCGGCAGGGCCAGCCACCUGUUCACCCAGAGACUCCAGCGCAGCGCGCGGCACUCCCCGCAGUCCCACCGACAGCAGCGGUGAGGACGACUCGGAGGGGUGAUGAUGAUGAAGAUGAUGGUGGCGAUGGCAGUGUUUGAUGAUGAUGGCGUCGUCAUCCGCUUUGGCACAUCAGUGCCGCUUCACCGUUAACGACCGAUGUCUUUCUUCCCGCCAGACUUCCACGCUAUGAAUGUUUAAAACGAGGCCCUGGUGGGGAUGUGGGGUUCUUUGGGGAGACUCGCAGCUUUCACCCUAAUGAGCCAGGCUCAGACACUCCCCAGCCUCCAACGCACAGGCGCGCGCACACACACACACUGGAACACACACACACACACACACACACACACACACACACACGCACACACACAGGCAACCCAAAAACACAGGGACAUACACACGCACCGGCACACACUCACACACACACAGUAACGCACAGGAGCACAUAGACACACACACACAGGUCGAUCUGUCGCCCACCGCCGCCUGGGCAGUGUGAUUAUCUCUUAGAAGCUGCCACAUGGGACCGUGUGUCUUUUCAUAGUUAGUUUUUUAUUUGAGAUGGUUAGCGGUACGUAUGCGUCUAAUGGAGGCAAAAUCAGGUAAAUAAUAUCCUCUUUUAGUACGGGAAAAGAAGCACUGAAACCACUUUGCCCAGCCAACCUUGUACACGACGUACCGUCUGUAUCGCUGGCAAUCAGCUGCCACGGCCUCAUGGGCAGGGAAACCGACAAUCACUUUCACCAAUGUCAUUACUUCUUAAACAGAAGUACAGUUGGGUACUUUAAUGAAUUGAAUUUCAUAGUGAAUGAUAGGGUAAGACGAUCACAUUAGACUGAUUGAUUGCAUUAUUAUAUAUUAUUAUGGUUAGUAUAAUGGUUAUUAUAAUUAUAUGUGACUGUGGGCCUUACAGGCAGUGUGUUUAUGUGUACUCUAGAAAUGGGAUUUUUAAUCUAAUUGAGGCAAUGGCCCCAAUGUUGUGACAAUAACCACACGUAAGUCUGAUUAGUUUUACCAUUCCAUAAUCAAAUGCGUGCUAUAUCUACAUUUCUCCAAAAUGGGUUCCUGUUGUCCUAGGAUAUUGAGUUCAUCUUAGUCUACUGGGUUUUAGACAGCUUCUUACAUCUGCAGGAAAAAGCUUUUCCUACAAACCAUACUCUGAUAAUAAUGAUGGAAAACACAAAUGAUUGUACUCCUCUCAUGUUUUUUUUCAUGUUGGUCAAUGUUUCGGGAUUAUUAAUUGUGUCUGCUCAAUCUACUCAGAUUUCAUGAUCCAAAUGUGAUGAAGAUGUCAAAUAAUUUGCACUAUUCAUUUUUUUGUGUACCAGCCUUGCUGCAGCGGUUGUUAAUGAUCUUUAUUUAAGUUUAAAUAUUGAACAUUUCCACUUAAAUAAACAGCUUUUAUGCCAAAAAAAACAACAUGGCUGUUUAUCCAUUUUUAAGUCAUUCAUUCUCAAAAAGAUACAAUUGGCCACCUAAGCAUAAAAGUGUUUAUUAAGUCAAUAUUUGGCCCAAAGGAGAGAAACAACUCCAGAGUACAAGACCCAGUUACCUCUGAUCGGUCUUGAUUAUAAUUGUACUUAUUUGAUCAUUUUUGAACGAUAAAUAUCAAAAGUGCGUUGCAUCAGUCGGUUAUGUUGUUUAGUGAAGCUUGCUGCCACUGAAACGUCUGUUGCUCAGUUGGUCCACAGAAAGCAGAAAGCAUGACCAAUGAGAUUUCUGUAAGCUCAAAAUGAGAAAUCAAUGUGUGUGAAGACUUCAGAAAGACUCGUCGGCUAGCCCAAAAAAAAGAGUUGAUGUUCUGCGGCCUGUAGCCUCUGGGCCUUCGCUUCACAGAUUGGAAGACGUGCGUCGAAUGAGCUGGAUGGACUGACUUGGUGAAUUUUUAAUUCCUAAAGAGACAGGAAGGCUUUUUUUUUUUUUUAACAUUUCAACAUUUUCUUCUAAUGCCACCAUUCCAAAUGUCUUUAUUAUAGCACCAACAGUGACAUUUUCAAGUACUUGAAUGAUGGAAUGAAUUAUUGAACAUCUAAUAAGCUGCAUAUUUCAUUCGUAAUCAAAGAUGAUUUGAUAUAAAAGGUUCAACCGAUAAGAGAAGCAAUGGAUAACCAGCGGGCAUGAUGUACAUAUUUAGGUUCUCGAGCUUGGGCAACGUUGUACCUUCAACGGUGGGUUCAAUGGUGGGUGGAAAUACUUGUUAUGAAUAUGGCUGUCGCUCAUGUUAUUAGUGUUACGAGCAGGACUAUAAUGAGGAUUUUUCUUGUUGCGCUUUCAGGUCAAGUAAUAGACUGAUGAAGCCACAUUCAUUGGAAUCAUUCAUUUGGUAUAAUUUGAAUACCAGCCGGCACGUCCCGUAAGAUUGAUGCUUACAAUAAACAAUCUCUCUUUUUUUGGGUGAAAAGGCUAAUGCUACGGAGUUGCACUGUGAGUGUGAUGGUAAUUGAGGUCUGAUUUCCUUUCUUUCAUUUUGACCUGAACUGCCAAUGGAUUAUUCAUGCCAUUGCUUGCUCGCUUUGCUUCCCCUGAUGCUCAGUAGCACUUUAAAGACACAGACAUAAAUUACAUCGGAAGUACUUUCGGAAAAAAAGGAGAAGAAAAUGGCAGAAGACAGAGUAUAACCGGAUGCGUGAGUGAGGGAAAGGUCAUGUUGUGUGUAAGUGUCUGUGUUGCUGCAACGCAAGAGGCUGUUGGUUAAGUCUGGUCGCUUGUCUCCUUCUAAAUAAACAACGUCAUGUUUGACAGUUAUUAUUAUAAUAUUCUGACUUGGCAACACGGGAACGAAGCAAUGAUUUGUACUUAAUUGUGGCGGAUAGGUCAGCCGAUUGAACAAAUUAAUGAUGCACAUAUUUUUGCAACAGAUAGCAAGGUCUUUUCCCUUCUCUGUCAAAUAUUAUAUUUUUAAUGUUUAUGACAUUUUAAAAAACAAUUUGUGCUGACGUAUGAACGACUGAAUCUAUGAUUUUCAUCUCUUUUCGGUCAAAUACACUUUAGUUCAGUUUGGGAAACUGUCCGACCUGACUUGGCGGUUCGACCCAAUACCGGGUUGUCAAGAACAUAAUAACAACUGUGUUUCCUUUUCUUCAGUCGGAAUGCUGCUUUCCUAUUAUUAUUCCACAACAAUGACCCGUACGUGAACACUACUACUCGGCUUCCAUUUUCUUUCCUUGGAGUUGGGAGAGAAGCUAAGUAACAGCCAUAUCUCCAUUUCUUUCCCGCCCUUUCCAUCAUGGCUGCGGGCAGAGUGGAGAUGGAGCGUUUGUGCGAGAGAGGGAGAACAUUUUCACAAAUCCAUCUGGCGGGGCUGCUGAGACAGGUAGAAUAGUGCUGAUAAGUCAAGCUUUAAAACAAUGAAUAUAAUUUACUCGUUAGCAUUAGCUAUGCAUGAGCUCUUCUUUAUCAUGCCGAGCAGCGAAUUUGCUACUGUAAGCAGGAGCCGGGGUGGAGAUAUAUAGUAUGUACGCUUAUGGAAAUAAAAUGGAAAUGAAGGGCCAAUUCAAGAGAACCAGCGUGGGCCUCGCGGGAUCCCAGUGUGAAGUACGCUUACAACCACGCGCAGUUAAGCACAAGCUCUUUGCUAAAUGGCUGGAUUGUUCACCAAACUGUUCAUCAUUUAACUCUGAACUGACCAAAAAAUAGACCUUUUAUUGAGUUGUUGUACAACGCAGCUUUUUUAGAACAUUCACAUUCUCGUACUACAGAAUGAUCUAGUUUUGCCAUCCCACAGUUUCAAUUUUUAUGUUUAAAAUGAAACAAAGGCCAGUAUCCCGUACUGCUACAUGGAUCAACGUUUAACAAAUCCAUAGACAGGCAAACCCUUGGAGCAGCAGUCAUCAUUCUCACCCCAGAACCAUAAACUGCCACUGAUUCACAGUCUCAGCGUUACCCCCCCCCGGGGGGGCAGCUCCUUAUGGGCAUCCCAGAAAUGUCUGCCGUGGCGGCAGAAUGUUUUAUAGCAACGCCACCCUCCGCACGAACACAAAAUAACGACGUUAUCACUCGGACCUACUCUCGCAUUCGCCCUUUUUCCAGGCGCGGCGGCAGCAAAAGUCAGCUUGAUUCAUGGUCUGAACUCCUCAAGUAAUACUAUCAGUAAUA